AUGAAAAAUAUCAUUAAUAAAGUAAUUUCAAGGGUUAAUCAGGUAACUGCAAAAUUGGAAAUUUUACAAAAUCCACAUGCUGAUGAUAGUAAAAUUCAAGGAAUUGAUAUAACUUCAGAAGUAAUUGGAGAAAAUAGUGAUGAAAAACAUAAUUUGGAAAAUACUUUAAAUGUUGUAAAAAAAGAACAAAAAGAAGUUUUAAUAAAAAUGGUUCAAAUGUUUGCUUCAUUGCUUGAAAAAAAACUAAAUUUUUAUAAACAACAAGGGAUUCAAAAUCCUUUAUCACAGCUAUGGUUCUGGUGGGCUUUUGGAUUAUUCAAAGAGAUUGGACGAUUGUAUGAACCACAAUUAUCUACAUUCAUGGUUACAUUGGAAAACAUUGUGAUCACACCAAAUACUGAUCCAAAUAUUUUAAGUGUAUUUGAAAUUGUAAAAGCAAUAGGACACAUGAGAAAUUUGGUGGUUUCUGAAGACAUCUCCUAA